CCAGAUGCUACUGUGUGGGCGGCCGGCGCGGCCCCGAUACAAAGUGCCGCAGUGGCGUGCGCACGGCACGUUUUUAUUUCCUGUUUCGCCGCCGAAACGAGGCCACCCUAUGCUCGCCGUCGCCUAAAUCACCGUGUAGCCACACUGUCGUUUCGCGUUAUUAUGGAAAGCAGCUGUCGGACAGACGUUUGCAGUGUACACGGACGUCGUUACCGCACAACUAACAUGCCCAGCACUUCCUCCAACAAUAGGAACUCCAACAAACACACUGCGUUGCCUGUAUCCCCGGAACCAUAUGGGUCGAUGAUAUUUACUUGCGCGAACCGAACAGUAAAUUGUUACGCUGAAGAAUAAAUCGAACGGAAUGGUCCAUAUCAUAUACCUCUGGGAGAGCCCACAUUUCCUUCCUCUAUAUUCAACUACUAGACUUUUGCCUAAUAUGAUGCCCAUCUCUUUCUUAGCGUUCCCUGAAUUCUUCGGCCUGCCGGAAUAUAAUUUCUUACUUUGAAAGGGGGCCUGGACGAUAACGAGGUGCUGGACAGCGACAACGCCACGUCGACGCCGUACUUCGACUUCAACGUGCCACGUAACGUGACAACGGCCGUGGGGCAGACCGCCUUCCUGCACUGCCGUGUCGAGCAGCUGGGGGACAAAGGAGUGUCGUGGAUCAGGAAGCGGGACCUGCACAUCCUGACGGCGGGCAUCCUGACGUACACGAGCGACCAGCGCUUCACCGUCAUCCGGCCCGACCGCUCCGACAACUGGACGCUGCAGAUCAAGUUCCCGCAGGAGCGCGACUCGGGCAUCUACGAGUGCCAGGUCAACACCGAGCCCAAGAUGAGCCUCGCCUUCCGUCUCAACGUCGUAGAGGCGAAGGCGCGCAUCGCGGGCCCGAGCGACCUGUACGUGAAGAAGGGCAGCGCGCUGAGCGUGGUGUGCUCCAUCAGCCAGGGCCCGCACGACCUGGGCACCGUGUUCUGGUACCGCGGCGCCGCCAUCCUGCAGCCGGCGCCGGCGCCCGCGCCCGGCGCGCGCCUGCGCAUCGACACCGACUGGACGGACGCGCUCACGUCGCGCCUCUACAUCGCCGACGCCAGGCCCUCAGACUCGGGCAACUACACGUGCGUGCCCACGCUGGCCAGCGCCGCCAGCGUCAACGUGCACGUCAUCAACGGGGAACACCCAGCGGCGAUGCAGCACGGCAACAAGAGCAGUGCGGUGACGUCACUGCAGCUACCGCUGUCGCUGUCUCUGCCGCUGGCGCUGUACACGGCUACAGCGCUGCUGGCGCGCCGGCUCAGCUGAACGGCGGCCUUCCUGCGCGUGCGUGCCGAGAGCGCGAGUUGACUGCGCAUGCGCGAGACCCAGAGCGUGCCGCGCAUACUCGAGAGCAUCGCUGGGCUGCCGGACCCUGAGGAGGUGCAAGCUCACCGAAACGGAUAAAAGCCAAAGUCUCCGCGAGAGAAGAUACAAUAACUGUACUGUCUAAAUGAAUAAAAAUACAAUGUACAUAUUUUCAGCAAAUUUUGUUUCACUAGCUGUAGAAUCGUUGUCCAGUUGAUUUGCACAUCUGUUGCGUUCUACUAUUGCAAACCUUUCUAUUACGGAGUGAGAGAUUCACCUGGAAGAUGGAAGACUGUUAAAGAUAUGAAAUUCUAAGGUGGGAGUUACAUGCAGUGCAGGAUUAAAGCAAUAAUAAUAAUAAUAAUAAUAACAAAGAAACUAACAACAACUGCUCUUUAUCUGUGUUGUAUCAAUUUCAAAAAUACUUGUCCAGUGUUGGAAACGACAAGGAAGGCAAAUAUUUGAGUUACACUUAGAGUGUGUAAGAGUUUUAAUUUAUAAUAGUUUCUCUUUCUGUGCCUAGCGCUUACAUGUCACUCACUAUGAAUGAAAGUAGUGCAGAUGGCAGUGAUGCAGGGUUCAAAUAAGGAUGAGAGAGUCAUAAUAAAGGAUAUUGUUAAAGGAAUAAGACUUGUGGAAAUGUUUGGUUGUACAGAAUGUUUCGCAGACCAAUUUUAAUAACAAUUAUAAACAUUUUUCACAAAUUUUAAUAAGUCUUCUCGAAGAGGAAUUGCAUAGGUGAAAAGGAUACUUUGGAAGUCCUAGGAAUAACUAUGUACCUAUUUGUAUAUCUGAGAUGUAGGUAAGAGUAACAGAGUAUUUAUUAUCUAGAAAUGUUGAUUUAUAUAUUCGUAUUGUAACAUUAUAUAUUUUGUAAAUUAAUGCACUCAACAUUGUUAUUUCAUUUGCCGAAUCACUCUGUUUCACAAAUACAAGAGAUUUUUAUAAAGUUUCUUUUCACUUCA